AUGUCCACCACCACCGGGGCCUUUAUAGCUGGUGGUCUCGCCGCUUGUGGCGCCGUCACAGUAACGCACAGCUUCGAGACUGUUAAAAUUCGAUUACAGCUCCAGGGCGAGCUUCAGUCGAAACAAGAGGCUGUUCGCAAAUACAACGGUGUCCUUCAUGGUGUAAAGGUCAUUCUGCAGAAUGAAGGACCUCGUGGCUUAUUCCGGGGAAUUGGAUCAGCGUAUAUUUACCAAAUGGUAUUGAACGGAUGCCGCCUCGGAUUCUAUGAGCCUCUAAGACAGGGUCUCACUUCAGUGUUUUACAAAGAUGCUUCUUAUCAGUCCCUUGGUAUCAAUAUUUUCUCUGGUGCGGCAUCAGGAAUUCUUGGGGCAGCUGCAGGCUCUCCUUUUUUUCUUGUGAAGACAAGACUUCAAUCCUUUUCUCCCUUUCUUCCCGUCGGCACCCAGCACCCAUACAAAAAUUCCUUUGACGGCCUCAGGCAAAUUUAUACAGGGGAAGGCGUGAAAGGUCUUUACCGGGGAGUUGGUGCUGCAAUGGUCCGAACCGGAUUUGGAAGUUCGGUUCAAUUACCAACCUAUUUCUUUGCAAAGAGACGGCUGAUCAAGCACCUGGGAAUGGAAGAUGGCCCUGGAUUGCACUUAGCUAGCAGUGCAUGCAGUGGGUUUGUAGUCUGCUGCGUUAUGCACCCUCCAGAUACAAUCAUGUCACGGAUGUACAAUCAAACUGGCAAUCUGUACAAGGGUGUAUUCGACUGCUUAUACAAGACGAUAACUACUGAAGGCAUUUUUGCUAUUUAUAAAGGAUAUUUUGCUCAUCUUGCACGUAUUUUACCCCAUACUGUUUUGACGCUCAGCUUGGCUGAACAGACCAAUAAGCUGAUGCGAAGGGUAGAAGAUCGAUUUCUUUCUGAUUCAGUUAAAGCAAACAUAUAG